UUAUGCUUGCACAUUUAAGGUUUUGAGUUUUCUGUCCUAAUUUAUAGAUUAGAUUAUUUAUUGUAUUUUUGUCAUGGAGCAUCACAAUGUUCACACUACUCUGAAAAAUGGUGAGAGAGUAACAAGUACAUAUGCUGAGAUUUACUUUAAUGACUCCUAUUGUUAUCCUCGAAAUUACAACGUUUUAAAACAUGAAACACUACAUCAUAAAGAUAACGACCAUAAGGACGAAUGGGUUUCUCCAAGCGAUUUACUUAUAGGAAUGGUAGAAUUGAAACCACCUUUUACAUCCAAAUUUACAAGAGGUAAAACACACGAAGGGAUAUUAAUGAUUGGGAACGGUAUUUUAGACAAAGAGCGAGCUUCAUUUCUCGGCUCAAUGACGACAUUAAUGGAAGAUAACGAUGCUGCAUGGAAAGAUAUUAUGAUCAAUGAAAAACACGAAGUUGUUAAGAAGGUUAAAGCUAUAUUUCUAGAUAUAUUCAAAUACAAAAGUGAAAUUAUGAAACAGGAAGUAUCAAAAUUUUACGAACAUUCAUUACAAGAUUUAGAAAUACAUUUACGAUCCGAAAUUCAAACUGUUAUUCAAUGUGCGCGUGCUAAUAUUGUGUCCGAUUUAAAUAGUAAAAUACAACAAAAUCUGCAAAGAGAAAAAAGAAAAUUAGUAGAUGUACUUGCUAAAAAGUAUAUAACUGAAAGGCAAAAAAUUAAAAAAUAUUACAAAACUUUGUUGGAUAACGAAUUAUGCAGGAACAAUACACUCAUAAAUAAAGCAUUUCACGAAAGAAAUGAUGCUGUUAAAGCUUUUUACAAGCAAGUUGAAUCAAAGAGACUAACUAGUACUAUGUAUAUUAUGAGUUUAGAAAGGAAAAAAUGUCAAAUGAAAAAAAUUGUUUUAGAAAAUCUGCAAAGUGUAGAACUAACAGAAAAGCUUAAAAAAAUAAAGGAUAAAAAAGAAGAAAUUGAUGCUUUUAAAAAGAAAGAUGUUCGAAUGGCGGAAAUUAAUAAGCAGUGGGAAGAGAAAAUUAAAAAAGUCCUAAUUUUAUUUCUAAAGUUUAUAAGUUUCUCGCUUAAGCUUUUACCAGAACAAACAACGUUUUUGCUAGAUUUAGAAAAAAUGUUUGUGUUACAGUUAAAUGAAAUUCAAAAAAAUCCUGAAGUUAUAUCUACUGUUUUAUUUGAGGAAAAAGAACAAUUAAAUAUUUUUGAAUUUCCAACUCCAGAACAAGAAAUUACCGUGUGUGAGGAGGAGCCGUUUGUUUUAGUGGGUGACUUGUUAGCUGAAUUUGCAGAACCACAUUAUGGAAGUCGUGAGACAUUGCCAAGUGACAUAGAUCUCCCAUAUUUCAGAUUCAACAGAAAAUAUUUUUAUGCUAAAUGCCAUGGAUACGAAAGUAUCAAAAAGUUUCUGAUCUCACAAAGUUGUAAAUGUAGUUUAGCUAUUGAAGCUGAUUUCUUUAAACCAUUAACAGGUUUGGAACCAAAAAACGUUGGCGUAACACUUAAACCAGAACCUUUAGCAAAAGAAAGCAAAGCAAACGGAAACGAAUCAUCUACAGAAUCACUAUUAAUUGAGGAUUAUUUACGACUCCACGAAUGUCCUGUUAGAAAAUGUUGUGACUGGAUAAAGAGAAAUACUUUUCCUUAUUUAGCAUCUUAUCUAGAUUAUAAUGAAGAAAAUUUUAACAGAGUAACAGCUAUACUUGGUGAAAUUCCGGAUAAAGCAGCUCUACCAGUAUUAAUAUCUGUGCAGGAUAUUGAGGAAAAUGAGCUACCUUUUGCUGCAACGAAAGAAUCACAUCACACUGUGGCAACUCAAUAUUCAAGUCAAGAUGAUUUGACCUUAGAUGAAAUAAAAUGUUCCUGUUUUGGCAACGCGGUUGUAAAACAUACAGAAUCACAUUAUAUACUUAAAUCAUCUUCAAGCAAAGCUUUGCAUGAUAUAUUAUUAAAACGGAAAAUUUCUUUGCAGCGAUUAAUGGACACAAAUCCUAACUUGCUCAAAAUAUUUACAGAUGAAUGUUUUGAUUAUAAAAUGUAA